AAAGAAAGAGAGAAUUUUCACAAUUUCUAACAGCCUCACUAUCCAAAAGUGAAGUGAAGCAGUGAGUGAGGGAAUAAUGUUGCGGAUUGCUCCCAAAUUCUUCACCACGGUUCCUCUUCGGACCAUUUCACCCUUCGCAUGUCGCUUCUCAGUCCGUUCCAUCGCUGACUCUUCUCCUUUCAACAAAAUCCGCAUUCAAAGGGAUGAUACUGCAUUUGAUGCAUAUGUCGUUGGAAAAAACGACGCUCCUGGAAUCGUUGUGCUUCAGGAGUGGUGGGGUGUGGACUUUGAAAUUAAAAAUCAUGCUGUGAUGAUUUCUCAACUUGGUCGUGGAUUUAAAGCUCUUAUUCCAGAUCUGUACAGAGGAAAGGUUGGUCUAGAUGUUGCAGAAGCCCAACAUUUGUUUGAUGGUCUUGAUUGGCAAGGUGCUGUAAAAGAUAUCAAUGCUUCAGUUAACUGGCUUAAGGCAAAUGGUUCAAAAAAGGCUGGUGUUACUGGAUUUUGUAUGGGGGGUGCUCUCGCAAUUGCAAGCUCAGUCUUGGUUCCAAAUGUUGAUGCUACUGUAGCUUUUUAUGGAGUUCCUUCUUCUGAGCUUGCAGACCCUGCCCAAGCCAAGGCUCCUGUUCAGGCCCACUUUGGAGAGCUGGAUAAUUUUGUUGGCUUUUCUGAUGUUACGGCUGCCAAGGCCUUAGAGGAGAAGUUGAAGGCAUCUGGUGUUCCACAUGAGGUACACAUAUAUCCUGGCAAUGGACAUGCAUUCAUGAACAGGUCUCCAGAAGGAAUCAAGAGGAGGAAGAAUAUGGGAAUGCCCGACGAAGACGAAGCUGCAGUUCAGCUUGCAUGGUCUCGCUUCCAGUCAUGGAUGACACAUUACUUAUCCAGCUAAAUAGUUUCUUAGUAAUGCCACAAUGGUAUGAUAACAUGAUAUACUUCUAAUUCUGCAUUUGAUUAGUAGUUUGGUAUAACUCUUAAUGGCCCCAUCAACUCUAAAUAUGGUGCUUUGUUUCCUUAUGGGUGGAUACAUACACCCUUGAGAAAUUUGGCUUGGAAAUAAUUAGUUUGUCUAUAAUAAGUAAAUAUGGUCUUUGUUUAUUGGUGUCACUUCUCCAUUUUAUGUGUGCAAAAACUGACAUUUUUUUGUUGAAACGACAAUUGAAUCAAAGCUGAUGAUAGGAGGAGUGUUGGACUGGUGUCAA